AUGCGGAGAGCGCCCUUUCCCUGGGCCCUCCGUUUCUGUUGCCAUCAAAUCCCAACUUCCAGCGUUGCCAUCUCCACACUUCGUCAUCAUCGAUUCAGUUCGUCAACAGCACAAAGACUAGACAUGCCGCGUCUGAACUUCGCCUCCCAAAAUGCAAUCAACCGGUUAAGGGCCUACAAGCCCCCACCGACGAACUAUGAGUUGGUACCGGUAUCACGACGGGCAGCAGUGCUAGUCCUUCUUUAUGCGGACUCAAAGGGGGAUCUGAGAGUCGUUCUAACGAUUCGCGCGAGCACGUUGAGUUCCUGCAAAUCCGACUCCGAAUCCGAAACCCCUUUUCAGACCGCGCGCCGCGAAGCAAACGAGGAGAUCGGGCUGCCGGGGAUAUCCCAACCCCUCCCAGCCCCUUUUUCAGUCGAACACCUGUGCGAAAUCCCCUCUAGCCUUGCGCGCACGGAGUUGGUCGUCCGGCCGUGCGUCGCGCUCCUGCACACGUACGACGAGCAAACGGGGCAGAAUGCCGAUCCGGAGACCUCGCUUAUCCCGCGGCUGGACGCCCGUGAGGUCGCGGCCGUGUUCACUGCGCCCUUUCGUGACUUCCUGCGAGUCUUGGGGGAUCCGAGGGCGGGUAAUCCGGAGGAGUGGUAUCAGGGGGCUUGGACGGAGUGGUAUGGGACUGGGUGGAGAAUGCAUCAAUUCUUCGUCCCGAUAACCCCCAACACAGUCGUCAAGCCGCGCCCGCAACACUCAGAGCAAGAAGAAGCCGUGCACGCGCUCCAAGAGCAGGAGUCAGCCGGCGAAGUCACGCGGUACCGGGUGUUUGGAAUGACGGCGCGGAUCCUCGUGGACGUUGCGAGGAUCGCGUACGAUGCGGAGCCGGAGUUUGAGCAUAAUCGGCAUUCGGGUGACGAGGAGCUGAUUGCUCGGUUGAGGGGGAUGGGGAGGUUGACAGCAAAGUUUUGA